AGUGUGUUGUUGUGGUGGACAAGCAACGGCAUUUAUAGGCCACCGUCUACUGUUGGUCUCACUCCAUCACUCUUCACUCUUCAGUGUUCACUUGAAAAAGAAAAACCCAAAAAAAGAAUAAGAAAAGAAAAGAAAUAUCUGAGCCAUGAAAUUGGCUACGGCAACACACACCAAUUCGUUUCAAAUUCCCUUCAAUUUGCUGAAAUCAUCCCCAAUCACAUGCCCUAAGAACGUCCCAGCUAGAUUUGUUCUUCCUAGCUCUCACCCCCUUUUGUCGGGUACAUAUUCUUGUGCGCGGAUGUACUAUAAUUCAAUACCAGUGAUUUCGGAGACAGUACUCAGGGGCAGCGUCGAGAGGAGUUCUUUUGGGCAUAAUCAUUCGACAAUUACAUGUGCAAGGAGGACGGAGCGAGAGCAGGACGCGUCCACUUCACGUUGUUAAUGCUCUCUGCUGAGGCUUUCAAGGCUAAAGUACAUGCCAAAAAUAUGACAAUGCUGCUAUUUUCUGUUAAAACAAAUUGUUGUGGCUGGUUACCAAAUAUUGCAGCAAAGGAAGCAUCUAAUCAGACUAGACUUCAGUCACCUGAUGGCAUCGAUGAAACUGAGAGCUUAUGUGAUGAUAAUUCUAGUGCUAUUUCAGGAGAGGCAACUACUAGGACUGCAGAUUAUGCAUCUUCUCUCAGAACUGUAGGCCUAUGUUUGUUUUCGGCUGUUGCAUUUGGGGUUGGUUUGGGUUUCAAAGAUGGAGUUGGCAAGGCAUCUGAGUUUUUUGCUGGGUAUCUACUGGAGCAGAGUUUAUCUGUGGACAAUCUAUUUGUAUUUGUCCUGAUCUUCAAGUAUUUCCAAGUGCCAUUUAGUUAUCAGAAUCGGGUGCUUUCUUAUGGUAUUGCGGGUGCAAUAAUCUUCAGAUUGUCAUUGAUACUUCUUGGGACAGCAACACUUCAGAGAUAUGAGGCGGUUAACCUAUUGCUGGCAGCGAUACUACUAUACUCGUCAUUCAAGUUAUUUGCUGAAGAAGAUGAAGAUGCAGAUCUCUCAGAUAAUUUCAUCGUAAAGACAUGCCAGAAGUUCAUCCCUGUAACUUCUAAUUAUGAUGGCAAUCGAUUUAUAACUACUCAAGAUGGUGUGUGGAAAGCUACACCUUUGCUUCUGACAGUAGCAGUUAUUGAGCUCAGUGACAUUGCGUUUGCUGUGGAUUCCAUACCAGCUGUUUUUGGUGUGACGCGGGAUCCUUUCAUCGUGUUUUCAUCUAAUCUCUUUGCCAUAUUAGGUUUAAGGUCAUAUUACACACUUAUUUCGGAAAGCAUGGCAGAUUUGGAAUAUUUGCAGCCAGCCAUUGCGGUGGUUCUGGGCUUUAUUGGGUGUAAGAUGAUAUUAGAUUUCUUCGGUUUCCACGUAUCAACUGAGGUUUCCCUCGGACUGGUGGCUACGUCUCUGGUGAGUGGGGUGUUGCUGAGUUUAAUAAAGAAAUCUGACUGAACUAAGAGGUGGAUGAAGAAGGGAAGUCGAUUUUGCUGUUUCUGUUUUGUUCUUGCUUCCAAAGAUAUUGUACUCAGGAUAGAGGAAGGAUUAUCAUAUAUGGAGCAGGCAACGAAGGCUCCUUUCGAACGCUCUUAUCUGGUCAAGCUCAAGAGGGAUGAUGUUCACUGCCAAUUUGCCAUAGUUGAAAUUAUUACCCAUUUCGUCGUCUCCUUGAAAAUUCUAUGCAAACAAACACAUGAAUUUUCAAACACAACGCUGGUACACCGUGUAUGGAUUCAAUCAUUUAUUUCAGAAUAUACUUAUUAUAUAAUUGAUUCA